UCAGUGUUAAUUAGCUUGCUAGGGCUUGCUGACCAGCUGUUCCCAUCAGUUUUCGUUUCAAUAUCAGUGGCCUCACAUUGAAAGCAUGCUGCGUAGUGUUAGUAUUACUGGUGUUUGUGUUGUGGGCGUCUAUUUGACACAUUCGCCAAACUGUGUGCACUAACUAGAUAAGCGGUUGAAUGUAAACAGUAUUAAAGAUAUGUUUCUCUAAUGUGUAAAAUCAACACGACCUAGUCUGGUCUACUCAGUUCUUCAUUGCCGCUUCGUCGUUCUAAUUAGAAUCCUCAACCACCAAAAAGGAUUAAAUUGCAUGUGCUGAAAAUAUAAAUGCCGUCGUAGCAAAGAACAUAAGCAAUAUUUGCGAGCAAACGCGUUAUGCUGACACCUGCAAUUUUAUUUGGAAUACGAGAAACGUGAUCGCGUAAACUACAAGUGGAUGUGUGUGCUCGUGUAUGUGUGCAGCAACUUGAAAGAAUAUUUAAACUAUUCUCAUGCUGGUAAUUGCACGGUUUGUGAAAUAAAUAAACAAUAUUUUGGAAUUAAGUGCAUACAACUUGCCAAUCAUAAAGAAUCGCAGCCAUCUAUCGGAAAUUUCCGACUGCCCAAAUUGAAAGCCAAAACUAAUUGGCAUUUGAUGAAUCGCUGUUAAUAGGAAUCGAAAAUUAAGGAAACCGAAACGAAUUGAAACGGAACGAAACGAAUCAGCAGUGAAAAUGAAGGUUAACAUCGAUAAGGACUUGGUGCCCAUGAAAGCCCAUUACUUUCUCUUCAAUGCCGGAACCGCACCCGUUGUACCCUUUAUGCCACAGCUGGCGACGCAGCUGGGAUACUCCUCGGUUGUCGUCGGCACCAUGUACAUGAUCUUGCCUAUUAUUGGACUCAUAGCUAAGCCACUUUUUGGCUAUAUAGCCGAUCGUUACCAUCAGCAUCGCCUCCUUUUCCUGGGCGGACAGGCACUCACCGCUGUGGCCUUCUUCCUGAUCAUGUUUGUGCCAGCCGUGGAUCAGGAGACGCAGUUCCAUUGCCACGCCGGCGUCUCCUCCAUACGCUACUGUUCCAACUACGCCGCUGACACGGAGCAGCAGCUGGAAACACACUUUGCCAAUCGAACGUUGAGCUGCCAAAUGCGCUGUCAAAUGGUGCCGCCAAUGUGGGACAUUGUGUGCAACAAUUGGCUGCAAAACAAGACGCAAAGCUGCCAGACGAACAGCAGCAAAUCGUGGAUUGACUUUGACACCUACAUCAGCAUGAAUGACGUCAUUGACGAGCCAAUGUUGAAUGGCAAGGGGAGAUGCCUUAACUUUAUAAUACCACACGACAAGGGCGUGGUGGACGCACAAAAUGUGACACUCUAUUGCCCCAAGGAGAAUGAUAUAUUCCGGCCCAAGUGCCAGAUGAAUUGCAAUGACUCGUACUUGGAGAAAAUGUUGCCCGCCAGCCGGGAGCUUAACAUGAGCAGUGCGAUGGCCAAGCCAGAGUUUUGGUUCUUCUUUGGCAUGCUCAUCAUCAGCUGGGCGGGCAUGGCUGUUGUGGUGAGCAUUGGCGAUGCAAUCUGCUUUGGCCUGCUGGGCGAGCGUCAUCAUCUGUAUGGAAAGCAACGUUUGUGCGGCUCUUUGGGUUGGGGCGUCUUUGCCGUGAUCGCUGGUCUGCUUGUGGAUGCCAUGUCGAAGGACGGUUCAGAGGUGAAGAACUACACAAUUGUCUUCUGGAUGACGCUUGUCAUACUGGGCUUCGAUAUGCUCGCGUCUACCAAAUUGAAGCACACUCAGACGCACAUGUCGUCCAAUAUUUGGAAGGAUGUGGGCCAAAUGUUCCUCUCGUUGCGUUGUGUCGUCUUCUUUCUUUGGUGCGUGGCCAUUGGCCUGGGCACUGCGCUCAUUUGGAAUUUUCUGUUUAUCUACUUGGAGGAGCUGGCGAAGCCCUUCGAUGAGGGAAACUAUAUAAAGACGCUAGAGGGUCUAGUCAUGGGCAUCCAGUGCUUUGGUGGUGAGCUGCCGCUCUUCUUUCUGUCCGGCUGGAUACUGAAGCGUAUUGGACAUGUGAAUGCAAUGAGCCUAGUUCUCUUUGGCUUUGGUGUGCGAUUCAUACUGUACUCAAUGCUGCAGAAUCCCUGGUAUAUACUGCCCAUUGAGCUGCUCAAUGGUGUCACCUUUGGCCUCUUCUACGCUACCAUGGCUUCGUAUGCCAGCAUUGUGGCGCCUCCAGGCACGGAGGCAACUAUGCAGAGUCUUGUGGGCGCCAUCUUUGAGGGUGUUGGCGUGUCCAUUGGCAGUCAAAUUGCUGGUCAGCUCUUUGAUGCUGUCAGUGCUCGGACUACGUUUGAGAUCUUUGGCAUUGCCGCCUUCAUUAUCUUCAUCAUUCACGUCUGCGUCCAAAUGUAUCUGCAGCGCAAUGUCCCCUAUGAAAAUGGCACUGUCAAAUAUUUUGCACCGACAGAUGCAAUGCACAUGCUGAAUGAACAGGAAUAUACAAGUUUUACAAGUAGUGUUAGCUAAGCUGCUUCUCCUCCUCUGUGAUCCAUAAACUGAAACUGAAACCGUAAUCCGAUUAUCACCCGGAAACAACAAAACCCAACACAAUACAACAGAAAGUGCUACUACGUCUUCUAAUUCUUCCAAUUACCGCUGCAUGCUGAAUUUCAAUUCAAUCUUAAAUGUAUUUAUAGUGAUUAUACCAUCUAUCUAGUUGUACUUUAACUUUAACAAUCGUAGUCCACACACAACACUCAUUAUGCAUGCUUAUCUCAAUCACACACAUUCAAGAAAUGUACCAAGUUUGUCAGCUGCUUAUUGUGAUAUCUCUCGUGUCUUAUAUACAAACUAUAUACAUAGAUUAUUUUGUCGCUUAGAAAAACUCUCUUUGAUCUUAUCACAAUAAGUCAAGCUGUAAACUUGUUGCCUACGCUAUAUAAGCAUGGUAUUUUUUUAAUUUUAUUGUAAACUCUGAGAAUGUAAUUUUGUCACUGUAUUAGCGCUGUGAAUGUUUAAUUCUUUACACGACAAAUAUUAUGUAUAUUAUUAAAUACGUCGAUCAAUCCACUGAAAUUGGCCUCUCUUGCAUGUGGCUUUAUUUCAACGUAAUUCUCUGUGAAAAUCUCAAAAAGUAUUGAAAUAAUUAUUACAAAAAUAUAUAGACCAAUGAAACAACAACAAACCACACACAAUAUAUAUAUUUGUUUAAUAAAUUGUUUAACGUAGUUAUAGUAAGAAAUCUAUACAAAAUGUUACGUUUAUAUUUAGCUCUUAGAUAUUAAUUUCUUUGUUCCCGUUACCAAAGGAAAAAUCCCAAAUGCUUUUUUUUUGUCGUUUUUCGUAAUUAAUGAAUUAAAUGAAGUGCUUAGACGUAAAGCCAAUCAGCUAAUGGCUAAUGGUUCCCGAUCAGCGAUUCCUCGUGCUGUUGCCUCUCAAGUUUGCGCUGAUAAUCGCGCUGCUUGCAUGUCGCCACAUUUGCCGCUCGUUUCUGUAAUCAGUGAUACGAGAUACGAUAUAUGUAUGUACACUUAGGCUAUAUUGUAGUUAAGCUAUUGCAUGUGCUCUACUUUGUAAUCAUUCUUAAUUACAUACUAUUAUUUUUAUAUCCUAUACUAUUAUUUUUUUUUAUAUACAUUUAUGGCUUUUUCAAAAAUAAUAAAGUUACGUUAAUGGGUUCUACUUUGUUGCUCACCUUCAACACUUUUGUACGUUGGUAGAUAUUCUGCAUUUCCUUCUUGAUUUUCGCCAGUUUCUCUUUAUAACGUCGCACAUCGUUCAUCUAGAAUAUCGUAAAGUUAAACGUAUAUAUUUCAUGGCUUAUGGCUUACAUUGCCCGCCCCAUAAAUCUAUUAAGCCCCAGCGAUAAGACGACAUGUGAUUUUCCCACCCAAUUUAAAUACUCCGACGGGGCUAUUUAUGAUAACUGAACCAUUUACGAGGGCUGUUAAAAAUAGCCGAAUAUCUAUAGACGACUAGACGAUACCCGGUAAUUAUAACACAAUGAAAUGAAUAUUGAUUUACAAUAGUAUCAAAAUGGGAACUGUAAGUAUGAUAUUGUACAUCGUUAAAAAGCAUCAACAAAUUUUACUUUAACUAUAGCUUUAACAAUUUCUAUUUGAAAUAAAUGAAAUUAAUAGGAGGACUAGAUAUUCUUCAUUUAUAUAUAAUUUCUUCAUAAUCGGACACUACCCAAUUUUAAAUAUAACCGUAUAGCCGUGAUCUGUAUUUGUUUUAUCAAUUUACAUUUUUACUUACCAUUUCAUUUAAUUUUGCCACUUCACUGCAAUCCAGUUUGUAUUUCUCUUUGGACAAGUCUAUGUAGAUUUUGUUUUGCU